AUGCUGCGCUGCUGCCGGGCGGCCGCGGCCAUCGCUGCCGGCUGCGCCCCGGGCUCCCCGCGCGGCCUCGCCAUGGCCAAGAGCAAGUUCGAGUAUGUGCGGGACUUCGAGGCGGACGACACGGUCCUGCCCAACUGCUGGAUCGUGGUGCGGCUGGACGGCCGCAACUUCCACAGGUUUUCUGAGCAGCAUGAAUUCAAAAAGCCAAAUGAUGACCGUGCUCUGCACCUGAUGACCAAGUGUGCCCAGACAGUGAUGCAAGAACUGGAGGAUAUUGCUAUUGCUUAUGGACAGAGUGAUGAAUAUAGUUUUGUUUUCAAAAAGAAGAGCAGGUGGUUUAAAAGAAGAGCAAGUAAGUUCAUGACUCAUGUGGUCUCCCAGUUUUCCUCAAGUUACGUGUUCUAUUGGAAGGAUUACUUCAAGGACCAGCAGCUUCUGUACCCACCAGGAUUUGAUGGACGAAUUGUGUUGUAUCCCAGCAACCAGAAUUUGAAGGACUACCUCAGCUGGAGACAAGCAGAUUGCCAUAUCAAUAACCUUUAUAAUACAGUGUUCUGGAUGCUUGUGCAGCGAGGGGGUUUGACACCAGUGCAAGCACAGGAGAGGCUCCGGGGAACUUUGGCUGGAGAUAAGAAUGAAAUCUUAUUUUCUGAAUUCAACAUCAACUACAACAAUGAACCUUUGAUGUAUAGAAAAGGAACUGUCCUAAUAUGGCAGAAGAUUAAUGAAGUCAUCACUAAGAAAAUUAAAAUGCCAAAGGAAGAAGAAGAAAAAGAAGUGGAAGUGACGCGGACUAAGACUAAAGUUGUUCCCCUGCACUGUGACAUCAUUGGGGACCAGUUCUGGGAGGAAUAUCCUGAGAUUCUGGCUGAGGAUAGUUGAUAUCUCUGAUGAGCAUAACUGGUAGCUCACAUUCAGCUCUGCUUGGGUUGUUGGCAAGUGAGGAAUACGAAUGGUGGCUGGCAGAGUUUGACCUGGGACCCUUUUCAGCAACUACAAUGGGUUUGGCACUGGUGCUGCCUAAAAAGAAGACACUGGUGCUGUCUGACAUACAAGGAUACACCUAUAAGGAAUGCUGAAAUCAUACUGUAUUUUGAAUGUUAAGAACUCAUCAUGAAUUAAGACUUUUCCUGCCUUGUACAUGUGUAUUUGUAAAAAAAGUAUGUAGAAAUUUCCUGUGUUUCUAUAGCAUUUAAUCAAUGAGGUAUUUUACUGUACUGCUGAACUAUAAAAAAGCCCGAAUAUUUGAACAGAAAAUUAUUGGUUUGAUUUUUGUUUUCAGCUGAGAUGGACCAGAAUACUUCAUUUGGGAUUUAGUAUUAAAUUUCAAGGCUGGUGUGUUUAGUCAGAUGAGUGACACACAGUUCUCCUGCCUGAUGUCUGAUUCGUACUGAAAUGCAAUGGAGUAGCCCAGCAGUUUUCUAUGCUUGAUUUUAAAAGUAUUGACAAAAUGUACAGGAUUUUUAUACUUGUAAAAAAUAUAAAUAAUAGUACCUUCCCUGCUGUUUUUAUUAUGUGGCCUUUCUCAUUCCUGGGACUUGAACUAGUAAGUGGUGACAGUUCCAAGCAGUGAAGUUAAUAAUAAAGGUAUUGCACAGGCUGAAAUUCUGUUAGGACAUGGAUAGGUAUCUUUCCUCAUAUUCCAUGGUCUGGGAAUUCACCUGUCUCCUAUUGUGCACAACACAGCAUAUUUUAAAAAAAUACAGCACAACAUAGCAAAAUAUUCCAGGUGCCUGCAAGGAGGGAGUCAACAACAAUUUCUGCUGCUGCUUUCUGAUCUCCCUGGGCAUGACACAGACAGCAGUGCUGCCAAUCCAUGUUUGUUAGAGGGAAGGCAGGAGUGCGUGUUGCCUGCUCCAUGCACAGUUCUGUUCUGGUUUAACUGUCACUAAAACACCUUUGUCAAAAUUGACCUCUCAGAGCAGAAAUAUUUCUGCUAAUGGAUAGGGGUUUGUCCCAGUGUAACUGGACUUUGAGGGAAAUAACCUAUUUCAAUGUAGAAAUAUAGUUAUAAUGAUAGGUGUUUAUAUGGCUGUUACUGCUUCUAACCAAGCUGGUUGCAAAAACAUCCAGAACAGUAACUGGGCCAGUUGUUGCUAACAAAGACAUGGUCAGCAGUUGGGACUGGCCAUAAAAAAUAGAAAGAAAGGAUCAAGUGUGUACUGUCACAGUACUGAGUUAGAUUCCUGUGAAUUCUCUUAUCAGUCUACUCUGUUUCCCCUUCCUGUAGAAUUUACACAUUUAAGGCAAUGUGGUUUUGGUGUUUUUUUUUUCAAAAAGAAACCUGACCAGGUGCCAGUAAAAUUCAAUUUUGUGAGUUCUUCCUGAGAUUAGGCAAUAAUUCUGUGAGUUUAUAAUAGCACAGAACUUCCCCCCUACUUCUCUGUACUGAUUAAGUACAUGCAAUGAGGGAAUGUAUUUUGUUUUUAGUUUGUAGGAUCGACUGCAUGGUUCCUGGGAAGAGGAUGUGGCUUGAUGGUAAAAUAAUGAUUCAGAAUGAAUCAUUGCACCAGUUAUUUGCUCCUAAGAGCUUCGUUGGUUUUUUAUCUUCUAACAUAAAUGCAAUUUACUUGACUUUGAAAUUCCAUGUUACUGCUUGACGCCUGACUUCGGACAUUAUGUACAAAGCAGCUGUUCCAGAACUGGUAACAGCUGGAUUUAUUCAGCCUGGUAACAAAUGAAAGAUUAAAAAAUAAUUUGGCAGCCAUGAUUUAUGUUUGGAAAGCAUAACAUAGUUUUUUUUUAUUUUAUAUGUUAUGGCUGCCUGAUACAUCCUGUAGUAUCUUUAUGUAUGUAAAUAGUGUGUGUAUAUAAAAAACAGGUCUGUGUUAGGUCAUAGUGUUUUCUAAUUAACUCAUUCUUACAAUAAUAUGUAACAAGUCAACAUAGUUGUUCACAUAUGGAUGCAUAUGUCUUUGGAAUCAAGACCAGGAUUAUCUGUACAACCAUGGCCUUUAAUUUGUAUUAAGAUAAAUACUGGAGAAAGAAACCCCCUGUUGUAUCCUCAUGUGUAAGAUGUGCAUUUAUAUAACUGUGCAGCUGUAUGGGAAAAUAACUAUUUCCAAGGUUCAAGCAGCAGCCUGGUGUUGGUGGCACACACAACUCAUGGGUAUUUCUGUAGCUGCAGGAGUCCUGUACUGUGACCCAGUGAAGAAAGAGGUGUUUUUCUGAAGUUGGUGAACAGCCUGUGGCUCAUGUAUUGCCGUAACAAGAAGCAUUAAAGGUACGGGAACUUGUUAUGAAACAUUAAUGGAGAUGGUGAAUCAUUAUAGUAAAACCUAUUAAAAAGCA